AUGGCUUCUGAGGCUGCUGCAUCUGAUCAUGCUUCUACUACUCCUGAGCAAUACGUGAAGAAGGAAAAGGACGAAGGCAUUGCACAAAUGAUCGCUUCUUUAGCCAAUGAAGAUGAAGUCAAGCAUGACAAGCCUGAGGAUGCACAAAGUCCAACACCACCUCCGGCAUUAGAGGCUUCUAUUGAAGAUAGUCUGAAACAUGAAAAGGUUGAGGAUGCACAAAGUCCAACUCCACCUCCGACAGAAGAAGGAGAUCACAAGGUUGAGCCUGCUGCUGCAGUAGAAAACACUGAAGAUUCAGUGCUAUCAGAUGCAACUGUUGCAGCCGAAGAUAAAGUAAAUGAGGAGAAGGAAGUUGUUCCUGAUUCACACACUAUCAGUGACACUGAACCAGUUCAUGAUGCAGCCAAUUCCCAGCCUGAUGAGUCACCGUCCUCAGAAACCACUGUGGAAGAUACACCACCACAGGAGCUAGAAAAUGAACUUGUGGAAACAGAUGAAGAGAGACAAGCACAACCCAAUGCAGAAAACAUUCUAGAAGCAUCAGCUGAAACCAUUGAAAGAACAGGAAACACAGAUGGGACUAAUCUUCCAACAGAAUCAGAAGAAGAGGUGGUGAAAGAGGCUCAAGUUUUGGAAACUAGUGCACAAGUGGAAGAGAAGCUUGAGCCUGUGGCCACACAAGCGCAAGAAAAAACAGAAGAAGCAGAAAAAGAAUUGCAAGAAGCUGAGCAACAGAGCACAAUUGUAGUUCCUGAACUAGCAGCUGAUGUCGAAGAGAAACCAAUUGAUACCAUAGAGGAAAAAGCAACAGGACCCUCAGAAGAUGUGGUGGAAGAGACCAAGAACUUUGAAACGGGGCCAACGGAAACAGUGGAAGCAGAACCUGUGGUUACUGAAGUGAAUGAAAACCAGAAAGAACCAGAGAAGCAAUCGUUGGAACAAAGGGAAGAAGAGGAAAAACCAGACACAUCUGAAAUUCUUGAACAAUCAGCAGAAAGCAGUGAAGCCAUUGAGGAGAAUACAAGAGAACUAGAAUUUGAGGCAGAGGUAUUGGAAGAGACUAACAACUUUGAAACAGAGAAAACAGAGCCAGUGGCUGGUAAAGUUGAUGAAAGCCAAAUUGUAUCAGAAAAAAGAGAGGAAGAAGAGCAGCCUCAGACAGUUGUUCCUGAAGCAGAAGCUGAAAGUGCAGAACAACAAGGCAGUAUUGAGAAGGUGAAAGACACUGGCAACACAGAGUCAGACGCAAUUCCUGAAAAAAUAGAGAAACCAGAACCUCUAUCAACUGAAGUGGAGGAAAAUCCCAGAGAACAACUACAAGUAGAUGAGGAAGUUGCAGAAGCUAGUAAGGACGUGGAGUCUAAGAAAGAAGUUGUGAUUGAGACUGCCAAGACUGAAGGAACAUCAGAUGACCCGAUCAAGGAAGAGAAAACUGGUAAAGAGGAGGCAACUAGCCUCACUCUAAAUGCUGCACAAGUUUCAUCAAAUGAGGAACCUCAAGCAAAUCUUGUGGAACCUUCUCGUGAAGUUGUGCUUGAGACUUCUAAGAGUGAAGGAACUUCAGAUGACACGGUCAAGGAUGAGAAAACUGACAAGGAGGAGGAAACUAGCCUCGCUGAAAAAGAAUCACAAGUCUCAUCAAAUGAGGAACCUCUACCAAAUCUUGUGGAACCUUCUCCUGAAGUUGUGCUUGAGACCUCCAACAGUGAAGGAACUUCAGAUGACACGAUCAAGGAAGAGAAAACUGACAAAGAGGAGAAAACUAGCCUCAACGUAAAUGCAGCACAAGUUUCAUCAAAUGAAGAUCCUCAAGCAAAUAUUGUGGCGCCUUCUCCUGAAAUAGUAGAAAAGGUUGUUGAAGAGGAUGACAAGAAAGAAUCAAGCAUUACUGAUGUGAUUGAAGGGGUACCAAAUGAAGUGAGUAGCAUUAUAGAAAGUCCAGAACCAGCCUCCAUUGAUCAGGGAGCUAAACCUGACUUAAAAGAAGAAAGGGAGUAUUCAGUUCCUGCUGAUGAGGAGGAAAAGGUUGCUCUUGUCGCAAAUGAUGAUGACAAGAAGGAACCUGAAGCACCUAAUGCUGCCCCUGGAUCUUCAACAGAGGAAAAGGUUGAGGAACAGAAUGAGGCAAAGACAGACACAACUCAAGCAGCAGAGAGUGUGAAGGUAGAGAAUGUAAAAGGUGAUAAAGAUAACUCAGUAGUUGAUGACAAGAAGGAAGGGAACAAUGACACAAAGGUGGAAGAAAUUUCUAGAGCUGUGAGUGAACCGGUUAGAGAAACAUUGGCAUCCAAAUUUGAAGAAAAAGAAGAGGAAUCUGUUGAACCUGGAGUGGAUAAGUUAGAGAAAGAACAAGCUGUGGAGCCUGAGAAAACUGAGGUUCAAGCCAUCAAGGAAAGUGACGCAACAAAAACAUCCAAGGACCUUCCAAAAGAAACUCCAGCCAAGCCAGUUCAAAAGCAAUCAAAUAACAUUAUAUCAAAGGUUAAACAGUCACUAGUAAAAGCAAAGAAAGCUAUCACUGGUAAAUCUCCUUCAUCCAAAAACCUUUCCUCGGAAGCCAAGGGGGACAUUAAAGUCAAAUAA